AUGCUGUUUGGAGAUCUAGCAGAACUGGCAGACAAGGCAUCUAAAUAUGAGGAGUUGCUCAGGAAAGAACAGAAGAGGAACUCUUCCAAAGGCACAUACUACAAGACCCCUUCUUCUUCAGUACAUCUGGUUGAGGUAGAAUCAAAAAAAGUCACAGAAGGCUCGGAGGAAAGAGAAAUUGUCGUGGCAGAAAUGGCAAAAUUAAAACAUCCCAUCAGCUGCAAGGCUCUUACAAAGCCACCAAAGGAAAAGAAGCCAUCACCAUUCACAAGAGGGUUUGUUCCAAACAAACCAACACAGAAUAAGGUUUAUUCCUUCGAUCUAACCAAGCAGGAAGGCUUAAACUGGAGGAGAAACCUCCCUCAGUUACAACAGAUCAUUUUCCCCAACCUCAAGUCAACAUGGUCAACUUAA